AUGUCAAGUGUAGUACAAUUAAACGAAAAUAACGUUGCCAGCAUCGACUGGGGAACAGAAUAUAUAAAAGUAGCAAAAAUAAAGAAUGGAGUGUGGUCGCAAUGUUACUUUGAUACAUACAACACCGAGAAACUUGUCAAUUCGAUUGAAUAUGACUAUGGACGUAUCACUCCAUUUUCCAUUAAAACUGUUUGUAAUAUCUAUAUUGAGGGUAUCGAUGGUAACACUCAGUCGUAUGAUAUGGGUGUUUAUGGAACCGUAUCAUACGAAUUACUCAUCUGUAUCAUGUUGCGCAAAAUCAAAGAAAUGACUAACACUGUUUUUGCAGUCAUGUCAUUUCGCGAGUCAACACCCGAGAACGUCAAAACGGCCUUUGUGAGAGCAGGCAAGGAAAUUAAUUUGUAUGUUACUAUCGUCUCGACAUUUGCAUCUCUCUCAAUGCAACUCACUUUCAAAGAGUAUGGCGCUAAGAGUGCGACUUAUGCGAUCAUGGACUUUGGUUCAAAGAAGACUUCUUUGUGUGUUGUUGCAGUCGAAAACACCAUUGCGCGAAUUCAAUCAGUUAAUGAGCUCAACACUGGUGGGAUAAAUUAUAAAAAUAAAGUUAGGUCGUAUGUUAAAGAAUUACUAAAUGAUGAAGGAAUCACUGAGUAUUUACCAAAAGACUUUAAUAAGUGUUGUAAUGUUAUUACUAAUGGGUUAUGUGAGAAUCAUUCUGUUGUGACUGCUUAUUUGGGUGAACAACAUGCUAUAAGUGUUGACACAAGUCAAUUUGAAGAUUACAUAGACACUGACUUAAAUACACUUAUUACUUUUUUAAACGAAUCAUUGCCAAGUUCUCUCAGAAAUACAAUUAAAUACGUUAUGGUGGUUGGAAAUGGAUAUCAUCUAAAUGCUAUCAAAAAUGUACUAAAUUCGUUUUUUAAUAUUGUAAACAUCGGGUAUAAUUCUAAUUUUACGUGUGCAACAGGUGGGGGACUUUUAGUUGACAAGAUACUAAAAAGAUUUUUAAAUUUCGAGGUCUAUACCCCAAGUGUUAUAACGAAAAUAGACGGUGUAGAAUAUAUCAAUUUCGAGAGUGGAGAUUCAAGAAUGAUCGAACCACAAUUUUUAAAAAGAACAAAAAGCAUUGUUCAUAAACAGUCGUUUGUGAACAAAAACGUCCAAAAACUUGAAAUAGAUAACUCAUACUCCGACUCUCAGUUAUUGGACCGGUUACUUUCUAUUAUUGAAUAUCAAAACUUUAAAUCUCUAUAUGACAAAAAGUUGGUAACUUUCUACAAUUUACUCAGGGGAAUUUCAAUCAUCAAGAAUGAAAUUAAACACAAAAAUAAAUUCACACCCGAAAAAGCAGAACAAAUCACUCAACAACUCAAUGCUAUCGAUAUAAUGAAAGACAACUCAAUAGAUACACUCAAAGAAAUUCUUAAUGAUAACAACAUACGUUUUUCAUUCUCUGAUAAUACUGACUUGGAUAAUUGA